UAAUAGUAGGUUUCACUGUGCACUCACAGUAAGACUUGCAGUCACCAAAUCUUCUAUUGGACUUGGAGACUACAAACAUAAAGGUUGAAUGAAAUUCCACAGAGAUGAAUAACAUGAUGAGAAAAAUAACACCAAGCCAUGCAGUACCUUUAACAUGCAUUCUGAGCUGCACUUGGAUGUUGAUUCUGAUCGCUUCUUCAUUUGCACUGAAACCUGCCAAAACUCCUGUGAUAGGAAAAAAACCUUUUAUUGCUGCUUGGAAUGCACCUAUAGACCUCUGUACAACAAAGUACAAUAUAAGCGUCAAUCUCAAAAUGUUUCACAUCAAUGGGAGCCCAAGGGCUUCUUUAACAGGACAGAAUGUCACCAUAUUUUAUGCAAACAGACUUGGAUACUAUCCUUUCUAUACAGAACAGGGCUUACCAGUAAAUGGUGGGAUUCCACAGAACUGCAGUUUGGAAACUCAUCUACUGAAAGCAGAUGAGGACAUUAAGUUUUAUAUACCUUCAGCCAAUUUCAGUGGACUGGCAAUUAUUGACUGGGAAUACUGGAGACCACAGUGGAAGCGGAACUGGCACAAGAAGGACAUAUACAAGAGGAAAUCCAGGGAACUAAUAUCUAAAGCCUAUAUAAAUGUUACUGCUGAGCAAAUUGAACAUUUAGCACAGGACAGGUUUGAGCAAAGCGCCAUGGCAUUCAUGAAGCAGACAGUUGAGCUUGGAAUUCAAAACCGUCCGAAAGGCCUGUGGGGCUACUACCUGUACCCAGACUGCCACAAUUACAAUCUUCAUGAAGAGAACUACACAGGCUCCUGCCCUGUGUUGGAAAGCCUUAGGAAUGAUGAACUCUUCUGGCUAUGGAACAGCAGUACAGCUCUCUUCCCAUCCGUGGCUAUUAAGAAAUCUCAUGCGGACAGCAUCAACAACUUACACUUCUCCAAAUUCCGAGUUCUUGAAUCCAUGAGGAUUGCUUCCAUGACAUCAAUGGAUUAUGAUCUUCCAACAUUUGUCUACACUCGUCUUGGAUACCGUGAUGAUCCACUGUCAUUUCUGUCAACGCAAGAUCUUAUUUACACUAUUGGAGAAAGUGCAGCUUUGGGUGCUGCAGGAUUUGUUAUUUGGGGAGAUCUCAAUCUCACCUCAUCCAGGCAUAACUGUUCCAAAGUAAAGUUGUUUAUGAGUUAUGAAUUGGGUCUAUAUAUCACAAACGUGACAAAAGCAGCUGAAGUGUGCAGCGAGUUUCUCUGCCAGAACAAUGGGAGGUGUGUGAGAAAGGAUUGGCAGGCCCUUCACUAUUUACACUUGAACCCAAAUAGCUACAUGAUACAGCCUUCAAAGGAGGGUGAGUUUAUUGUCACAGGACAGGCUUCAAGUGAAGAGCUCUCAGACUUGAGAGAUAAGUUUUCUUGCCACUGUUACCAAGGACACAGUGGACACAAAUGUGACAUCCUGGACAAACCAGAAAAACCUGAUAGCUCCACAUCCAAACCUUUCAAUUCUGUGGUGACAGUUUUUCUGCUUUCCGUUGUGAACUUCAUUGUAUAAAGACUAUGGGCCAACGAUUAGGAAUAUAAGACCACUAUUUCAAUGAAUGCAUAUGGAUGGCAUAUUCAUCAAACUGAAAUUUGGGGGAUUGGUUAUUUGAAUGAUUGCUCUCUCAUUAGAUCAAUUCCUCGUAUGCUAUAUAAAUCUCAGGUAAACUCACCUGGUUGUUGCCGUUGCAAACCCAGUUGUAACCAUAUCCUCCACCUCCCCAAGCUCCACCUUAAUUCAGGCAAUCCCCGUUGAUGGGCUUGGGGAAGGGCGUGGCUCAUCAUGGUCCACCCUGCUGAUCCUGGCAUCGCCAGAUCAGUGCCUGUUUCAGAGGGCGUUGCUUCUUCUUCUUCCCUUAACAAGCGGGACCAGCGGCCAAAUAGUCCAUAAUCACCACUUCAUCAUAUCCAAACAAGCAGUCCGACAUUGAAUAAGCAAUUUUUGUAGUCUUUUUUUGUGUAUUUGUUUAAUAGGUAUAGAAUUUCAAAUCUGUAUUAAGGAAGAGGGUAUGAUGGGAAUAACAUUAUAAAUCUCUAUUAGGAACACUUGGAUUGGGUCUCCAAUAGCUCACAUAGUAAAGGCACAUUGAGGUACAAAUGCAGGAUGAGUUAAGUGACCAAAAGAUUGCUGGUUCAAAUACUGUUGGCACCAAGUUGACAAUAUUGGCUGGGGUGGUUAUGGUAGAAGAAGAGAGCCUUUGACAAGAUAAAAUCCUAUAUUAGUAUACUCUAGAGUAUGCAAAAAAGGUUGAGGUAGAACAGCAUAUCUACAGUAAUGGUCCCAAAUACUACAUCCAUUUUAUUUACAUAUUUCAGAAAUGUUGUUAUGUGCAUAUUUUUUUUUUCUAUUUUAUCUUAACACAUUUUGCUAUCCAAAUAAUGGCUGAACUGUUGGUGAAAAGUACUUCAAUAUUUAUAUGCAUUACAUUGGGUGGGUUUGCACAUAAUGCAUCAACUGUCCAAAAAUAUUCCAAAGUCUUUCCUGUUCUCCAUGCCCAGUUCAUGGUGCCAUAUACCCAUGAUGAUGUAAAUCCUCCUUUUAGGCUUAUUUGUAAUACAGUAUUUCCAUGUUUAACUUGAAAAUAUGUGACUGAAAAAUGUGAUACAAUAUUCACCAAUCUAGUACAUUAAGCAGUGGAACAAUUACCUACAAUGGCUGACAAAUGUUUCAGAGAAAAGCUGCAUUAUAAUAUUUCUUCUGUGUUAAAUACUGUGCCUUCCAGGAGCCGGUUUUUAAUAUCUGUUGUUUGUUUUAUAUUUUUGUUGUUGUUGUUGUUUUGUGGGGUGAAUAGAGGGUCCUAGGAUGUAAAACUGCUUAUAUUUAAGAGGCAACAGAAACUGAAGACAAUAUAAAACAAACCUAUCCAAGGCCUUUUCUGAACACAUUGAAACAAUAUUUGUCAUUCAGUGACACGAAGUUGAAUGUUAUAUAUAAGCUAUAAAAACAUAAAAAACAAUUAUUUAGCUAUGAAGUCUAAAACAGUAAGAACAAUGUCGGCGUACAUGUACAUGUUUGUGCUAUAGAAUUAUAUAUCUAUGUAUUUAUCUUAUUGUGGUAUGACUAAUAUUGAAAAAUUGUACUGUAGCAUCAUCUUAAAAUGUUUACAUACUUAUAAUAUGUAUAUAUUUAUAUAAAAUGUUUGUGUGACAUAAUGAGAACAGGUGAUUUGUAUUGC